AUGCCUUUGUGCGGCGGCUCCAAGUCCGUGCAGCGCAAGCUAGUCCUCCUCGGCGAUGGUGCAUGCGGCAAGACUUCGUUGCUUAAUGUCUUCACAAGAGGUUAUUUUCCGACUGUAUACGAACCAACUGUGUUUGAGAACUAUGUGCACGACAUUUACAUUGACAACACGCACGUCGAGCUCAGCUUGUGGGAUACCGCCGGACAAGAAGAGUUUGACCGAUUGCGAUCGCUCAGUUACGAUGACACCCACGCAAUCAUGCUCUGCUUCUCAGUCGACUCACCGGACUCGCUCGAAAAUGUAGAAACGAAGUGGGUGGGUGAGAUUGCAGAGAACUGCCCAGGCGUCAAGCUCGUCCUCGUGGCCCUCAAGUGCGAUCUACGGAAACGAGAGGACGAUGAUGCCGAGGACGGUCAACCCGCGAAACCCUGCAUCGAUUACGAGGAGGGUCUAAAGAUGGCAGAGAAGAUCAAGGCACUCAGAUACCUCGAAUGCUCCGCCAUGAAGAACCGAGGCGUCAACGAGGCCUUCACCGAAGCCGCCCGUGUCGCGCUACAAGUCAAGUCUGGCAAAGACCAAAGCGGAGGUUGUGUUGUCCUCUGA